UGAAAAAAAUGUUACUUAGGACCUUUUGAAAAGUUAAGCGAGAUUUAGUACAAGCCGAUCCUUCGCCUUUUGUCAUCCAAAGUUUCUGCCAUCGGGAUGAUGCAGAAUCAAAACAAUCCAAGGAGUCCCAGGAAGAUGAGCAAUCCUCGCGGGGGACAGCAGAGGACUCGGCCAUAUCAGCAGCACCACCAUUCGAGAAAAAGCACCACUGGAACCGCAUCGUCUGGAGGAGGAGGACGAGUCGCAGCACUGCCGACGAAUAUUACAUCACUUGGAAACGCGGCCAUCGAUCAGGAAGCGGCACUUCGUAACCAAAUUCACAUGGAGAUAGAAAAGAAAUCGAAGGCCUGUUCCAAUCAGUCCUACGAAUGUACACUGCCGCGCCUGGAGCAGUACAACUACUGCAAGCGGCACAUUCUUCAAGAUCCCCGUGCGCCGUACAAGCAAUGCGCAUAUUUUUUCGCAUCGAACGGCAAGCGCUGUCUGGAGCCGGCGCCAAAGUACGACAACAAGAAGGACUAUGGAACAAACUACUGUUUCGAGCACAGCCGGCUGACGCAGCUCACGAAAACCAAAUCGACCAUUGGAAAGUACACUCCGCUGGAGACGACCGAGACGCUGCUGCAUAAUUUGGCGCAUCACGUCAAGGUGGACAAAUUGAAGGCAAAUCAACAACAGCAGCACCAGUUGGCAAAUUGCUCGUCGGCGCUGAAAAUAACGGUCCACGAGGACGACGAAGAGGGAGAUCUGGACGUUGUCACUCCGUCGGUCGAUCCGUUUGUUGACAUUGAUGUAACAGCAAUCAAUGACUCAGGUCGCGUUGUUCUGGAUUAUGCUUCCGAUAGCAGCACCGACGAGGAUGCUACUCUGGUUGGCAACACAUGGCGUGGGUACGAUAUGGACAACUCCGACAACGAAAGCGUUGAUUCACAGAAUGAGGAUCUCUUGAAGCAUGCCGGAAUCUAUACCGCUGAGGAAGCAACCAUGAUAACAAAGGAAAAGUUAAUCCGGCUGCAAACGCUGUACAUCGACCAGUUCCAUCGUUUACAGCAUGUGCUGAAGGAGAAACGCAGACGAUACCUCCACGACCUGCGCCGCGAACGGGAACAGUACUGCAGUAUCCAUGACCAAGUGAAGGAUUCACCAAAAGAGCGCAAGCUGUAUGAGAAAUUGAAAGCUUUGAAUCACUACCAUCGUAAAUAUGGGAUGGAUGCUAUUUUGCACCGAAAAUAUCUGGAAAAGCGAGCCAAGGCUACGGAGGGUUUGCAUCAGAAAGUACCGCCCCAUCCGAAGUGUGCAUUCACCGAGGGAGGUGUCAAAUGCGGUGAGAGAACCCUCCCGUGUUGCAAAUUUUGCCGAAAACACAUACUCGAGGACAAGAAGCAAGUGCUGUUCAAAUCUUGCGGAGUCGAAAAAAGCGGCGUCGUGUGCCAGGAAGCCUUGGCAAACAUUUUCGAGGAUGCCACUUGCUAUCUCCAUGUUGAACUGCCGGCACAUAAAACGUUCACCAAGAAGAAAUACGAAUCCGAAUCGGACGGGGAAGAUGAUUUGCCUUUGCAGACGAUCAAACAGGAAGCGUCAUCCAUUCCAAAACUCGAAAAACAGUCGCCAUCGCAGUCGUCCAGCACAACGGCUACGGCAGCGGAAACCGAAGAUCAGGAAAUGUCCUCCGAGCCCCCGCUUGUCGAGCACAACAUCACCAUCGCUCACGACGUUGAGCCAGCUAGUCUGGAAGAUUCACUUCCGGUGAGUGUGAUCCCCAAGCCGAUGCCACUGGUGGGUAGCCCUAAAACAGAGGAGAUUGCUGAAAAAUCGCCGGAUGUAUCUCUGGCGGAAAUAUCGUCGCCGCCACCAGUUGAUCUGAAAGAUGAAACCCAAAAGCUGACGGACGAUUCCUCCAAGAAGGCCGAUUGACAAAGGGAAAUAAAAAUGCCAUUCCGGUUUUGGUCUCAAUUUAAUUGAUUUUUAUUGUAUUUCCUUCAUUUUUCAUUGUAAUAGUUUCAUUAAAUAUAUAGUCGCGAUAGUAAAAAAAACGAUAGACAAAAAAUCACUUAAGAACGGUUCAAAAUAUAACCUGAUCGUAAAUAAUAAUCAAUAAAAACUCACCAUGUUCAAAUAUGUUUGUGUCUCCUAAAGGUAGUUGCUAUAAUAAAUUUGGAAUAAAAUUUUCCGCUAAGUCGA